GGCGAGGUGGCGGUGGCGGCGGCGGGCAGGGGGUCGCGCGAGCCGCAUGUGUGGAUGGAGCCGGGCUCUGGGCUGCUGCAGCGGCGGGGGGCGGGGGGGGGGGCGGGCGGGGGGCGGCGGGGGCCGGGGCUGGGCUCGGCCGGGGGCUCCCCGGCGCUCUCGGGGCCCCAGGCCCGCCGGAGGAAGCAGCCGCCGCGCCCGGCCGACUUCAAGCUGCAGGUGAUCAUCAUCGGCUCGCGGGGCGUCGGCAAGACCAGCCUCAUGGAGCGCUUCACCGACGACACUUUCUGCGAGGCCUGCAAGUCCACCGUAGGUGUUGAUUUUAAAAUCAAAAAGGUAGAGCUAAGAGGAAAGAAAAUUAGAUUACAAAUCUGGGACACAGCAGGUCAGGAGAGAUUCAACAGCAUUACCUCAGCUUAUUACAGAAGUGCCAAGGGAAUUAUAUUGGUGUACGAUAUCACAAAGAAGGAGACGUUCGAUGAUUUGCCGAAGUGGAUGAAAAUGAUCGAUAAGUACGCCUCGGAAGAUGCAGAGCUGCUACUGGUUGGGAAUAAGUUAGAUUGUGAAGCGGACAGAGAGAUCAGUCGGCAACAGGGAGAAAAAUUUGCACAGCAGAUAACCGGGAUGCGAUUUUGCGAAGCCAGUGCCAAGGACAAUUUUAACGUGGAUGAAAUAUUUCUGAAGCUGGUUGAUGACAUCCUAAAAAAGAUGCCUUUGGACGUUAUACGGAACGAACUGUCCAACAGUAUCCUGUCCCUACAACCAGAGCCAGAAAUCCCACCAGAACUGCCUCCUCCAAGACCUCACGUCCGCUGUUGCUAACUUGCUGCUUCAUCCAGAGUUGAAGUGAGAACGGUGGGGGUGAGGGGGGAGCACCAGUACUCCCGUGCACUACAAUCACGUGGCGGUUCCUCGUUGCACUUUGAUCCAGAAUCAGAGCUACACACUAAUUUGUAAAUAUGCAAAUAUGCAAACCUGGGUAGGAUUCAGCUGUGAGUGGUUAAAUAAUGGCUCUUCCCACAAGUGGUUUCCUUUUUCACUCCUCUUUCCCAGCGCUAUAAAUAUUGUACAUUUGGCUGGGGAAACACAGCACUCCCAAACCUAGGAUGUAAGAAAUUAAAUGCAUACUUUACUUAUUCUGAACAUAAAUGUUGUAAUAGUCCUUGAUAUCAACAGAAUCUCUUCUAGUAUAUGGUGCUUUGCUAGCUUUUUUAAAAAGAGAUUUUUAAAAAUAAUUAGACAUACAUUUAUAAAGCUUUCUUAAGCAGCGUUGUUUUCCCCUUCUUCUAUUGAAAAAGAAUUGUUACUGUUGCAUCUUAAAAUGAUGGAGAGUGGAAUUCAACAAGUUCUGGUGCUGCACAGCCCCCUUUCAGUGGUGGUUACAUAUGUAGGUCAGCACGUGCCUCGCUGAAACGCCUAGGGGUUGUGCGGCAGCAGAAUUUGAUGGACUACGUUUUUGAACCUACAGAUGAGGAGUUUCCAAAACGUCUCUCUUAUUUAUUAUGUCUUUUUAAUUUAAUAUUCUUUCUGUACUAAGGCACUGCUCUCAGUGCAGUUUUUAAUGGCUGAAUUGGCAACUGUCACAAUUGGUUUCCUUCUUAAGUAUAAAUUAUGUAGUAAUUGGACUCUUAAAAAAGAUAUAUUUGAAAGAUAUAAAAGAAAUCGCUGUUGUCCUAGACGAAUUAUCUUCAUUUUUAGGAUACGACUUUUUCCUUGUGUUAAGGAAUAUAUAUGUGUAUCUAUCAAUAUACAUAGGGGAGAGGGGUUUGUUAAAAUACACUUUUGUCCAUUGCAUUUAUUCCCAUCUAAUAUGCUGUGCUAAAGGCUCUUUUCUUUUUGUCUGAAUGAACUCGUGAACAGUUUUUUUUUGGAGGGGUAUAUCUUUUAUUAAAACUGCACUGUAUAGUCUAGCUGUGGUUAAGCCAGUAGUUCCAGAUCUGAAUAACUCGGUAUGUCCUCAGUGUGUUGUGGUAUUGAAAAGCAUUGUCGUUCUAAACUAAUGACGUGCCAAUAAAAUUUUGUAUUUAUGAA